AUGUUCAUCCGGAAUCCCGUUCUUCUUGAUGCUCUUUAUUGCAUCUCAUCAGCACUUAUUGGCAUUUCCAUAACUGGAUUAUACCUUAAAAGACCUUCUCUCAUGCUGCCCGACGUUUUAUAUAAAAAUUAUUUUCUUUUCAACGCAAUCGCAGUAUUUUAUCGCGAACAAGAUGGAUUGGAUCAAACUAGGCCACCGCCGAGCUACAAUUUAUUCGCGCCAAGACCAAAUCGCAAAUCGCUUCAAGACCAAAGUCCUAAGUGGGCGAGAUACGGUAGAAGAACCACCGCCCAGCUAUGA